AUGAGCAUCUGGAAGUCGUUGGUACUCGCGCUAGCAGCUUCUGCGGUAGCUUUGCCUCCGCCUUCCCACGAGGCAGAGGAUGACUUUGACUGCGAUGACGACGAAGACUUUGGCGAGGAGCUGGUUCAAUUGAUUGAACACAUUCCCAAAGGACGGUCUUUCUGUCGCAAUUUAAUAGAUUCCACUUGUGAUGCAGUGACUUUGACCGAGACUGUGAUUCCCUUCUCUACUACGACUGCCAAAGAUGUUGAGACAGCUACAAUCACCCAAGAUGUAACAGCCACCCUGACAGUCUAUGUCACGGUACCUGUCACGACUGAUUUGACUUGCACGGCUACUGUUGACAUGACGACUCUGGCAACAGCUCAGACGACACAGGACAUUACAACGGACAUUACGGAAACGGUCAUCACGGAGAUUACUACGACUCAGAUCACUACUAAAACGCUAGACUUUACGGAUAGCCAGACAAUGACUCAAAUUACAGAUAUCACUGCUACUGCAACGGCAUACCGCAAGUUGGUGUGGCGACAGCUUGCUGUGACAAUUGUGGUGGUUGUGGUUGUUUCAACGUUGCUUGUACUUUCCACGGUCAUUGCGACGGUAGUUUGA